AGUGCGUAUUUACCAAUUUUUUAUCGAUAAAGUUGUUUCCUUAAUAUACUGUCGAAAGAUCAUAAAUCAGUAAUACAAUUUAUUAGAAAUAUAAUUGUUGUAUCGAAAAGAAGUUAACAUCUAGGCAGUUAACUUUCCCGACUCGGUGCGCAGCAGCCAUGUGUGAAUAGUUAUUAUAACCGUUAGGAAUUUAGGAUGCUGCCGGGCAUCGGAGUUUUCGGGACUGGCUCAGUCGCCAAGGUGCUUGUGCCAUUUCUGAGAGAAAAAGGUUUCGCCGUCGAGGCAAUAUGGGGAGUCACGCUGCAGGAGGCCGAGGCUGUCGCCAAAGAACUCAAAAUACCGUUCUUUACUAACAAAAUCGAUGAUGUCCUUUUAAAGAAGAAUGUGAACCUUGUGUUUAUUGUUUGUGCUCCAAAUUUACACGCUCAGAUUUCCGUAAAAGCCUUGGGCAUCGGCAAGCAUGUCGUUUGCGAUAAACCAGCUGGGCUUUGUCAAGCUGAGGCUCUUAAAAUGGUGCGCGCCGCCCAGUACUACCCCACUCUGAUAUCAAUUAUCAACCAUUCACUGCGAUUCUUGCCUGCGUUCAGUCACAUGAGGAAAUGUAUCCAAGAGGGUUAUCUUGGAAGUCCAGAUGAACUAACUCUUAUGGAUGUAAGAGUACAAAUGGGCUCUUUAUUAGGGGACACAUACAACUGGUUGUGUGAUGACACUAUGGGAGGUGGUACACUAACGUUAGUUGGCAGUCAUGUCAUAGACUUAGUUACAUAUUUAACUGGACAGAAAGUUGUUAAAGUACAUGGAGUAUUGAGAACAUUUGUUGAGGAGACUACCAAAGUCAAUGGGAUUAGAAAAAUAACAGCACCCGAUUUCUGCACAUUCCAACUGCAAAUGGAUAAGGGUUUGUUGGUUACGGCCACUCUUAACAACCACUUGCCAGGGCCCUGCUUCAACCAAGAGAUAUACAUGUGUAGUAAGAAGGGUUAUUUGGUUGUCCGAGGUGGGGAUUUACACGGUAGACUGCACAAACCUAAUUCAAUGAAAAUUGAGGACGAGAGCAAAAGGGGCCAUGAAAAAGAGGAGGUUAUUUAUGUUGAUGUGGAAGACCUGAGUUGUGCUUCUAGUGUCAUUCCCAAGCCUUAUAUAAAAGGCUUAUGUAAAAUGAUUAGUGCUUUAAAAGAAGCCUUCUUGCCUGUGAAAGAGCAAAUGGAUUGGAUAAAAGAACCCGUGAGAGCUGCUGCUACAUUUGAGGACGGGCAGAGGGUGCAGGCGGCAAUGGAAGCCCUCCGCCAGUCAUGUGAAGAUGGCUCUUGGACAUCAGUGCAGUUGUUGACGGAGCCCCCAGAUCCCAACCCGGCUCUGUCAGCCGCAGUUCGUCGAACUGCUAUAUCUUUACAAUAGAUUUGCAUUUAAAUCAAGUUAUGAUAUGCCAUUAUCAAGUACCUUUAUUACAUUGUAAGCAUAUUAUUUUGAUAAUCUGGGUUAAUGUGUAUUGUUCCAU